AUGUGUGAAACAGAAAAAAAUGAGAAAAACCCAACUGGAAGACAGAGUCCUUAUGGGGAUCGACCAAACAUGAGUGAUCUGAGGAUUGUUCUGCUGGGGAAGAAUUUAUUUGAAAACAUCAAAGUGAGAAACUUUAUCCUGGGGAAAUAUGUGAAGGAGACGAAACUUCCUUCAGAUUAUUUAAAGAAUCACAGUGUGAGAAUCAGUGGAAUGGUGGAGAACAGAAACAUCUCAUUGAUCAGAUGUUCUUCUUUGCUCCAGCCGAACCUCACACAACAUCAGAUCACAGAAAGAGUAAGAGACUGUGUGAAUGAUUCUGAUCCAGGACCUCAUGUGUUUAUACUCAUACUGCAGCAUCAUGACUUCAGUGAGAAGGACAAACACAGAGUGAUGGAUGUGUUGAACUGCUUCAGUGAUCAAGCAAUGAAACGCACCAUAGUGCUGACUACUGAUGAAGAUAUACACAGAUCUGUGAGAAACAAUGCAUUGAAUCAGUUAAUACAUGAGUGUGGAGGAGGAUAUCUUUACUUUAAUGAAAGACAACCAGGAUGGUGCUCUGAGAUGAUCAAAAGAGUAGAUGAUAUACUUGAGAAAGAACCUGAAGAAUAUCUCAAAUGUGACAUCUAUGAAGAUGCAAAAGCUGAAGGAUCAGCGGAGGAAUAUUCGAGCCAUAAAAAGAAUAAAGAUGGAGGAGGUUUAUUUUCAUCAGUAAGUGGAAAAUCAAAUCUGAACUUGGUGUUGUGUGGAGCUGAUCCAGGACUGAAGGUCAACAUCUCUAAACUUCUACGAGGAAAACCACCAUCAAACAAGAAAGAGUUCAGCCCACAGUGUGUGAAGAAAGAACAGGAGAUACAUGGACAUCAGAUCUCUGUUGUUGAACUUCCAUCAUUGACUCAACUCUCAGAAGAUGAAGUGAGGCUUCAGACUCACCGCUGUGUGUCUCUCUGUGAUCCUGGAGUUCAUGUGUUUCUCCUCAUUGUUCCUGUUGGGCCACUGACUGAUGAAGAUAAAGCAGAAGUACAGAAGAUCAAGAAGAUGUUUUACUCCACCAAUAACUUCAUGGUGAUCUUCACAUCUGAUCUCACUGUUGACAAAAAAUGGAAAGAUUCUCUAGAAUCAAAUCCUGAAUGUCAGAAUCUGAUCAGUCUCUGUGGAGGACGAUACAGAGUAAUUGGGUUAAAAGAACAUGAACAAUCAAAACAAAUACCAGACCUGCUGGAUUAUAUAAAAGACAUGAAGACUGAACCAUAUCAAGAGAUGAGAGAGAGAGAUGAAACUAAAGAGGAAUAUAAAGAAAAACAGCUAAAGAUCAACUCAAGUGUUUCAGGUAUUAAAGAUGAACAGGAAGAUCUGAAGCAUUUAAGGAUUGUUUUGAUUGGGAAGACAGGAAGUGGAAAGAGCGCAACAGGAAACACAAUACUGGGAAGAAAUGAGUUUCUCAGCCAAUCAAGCUCAGAUUCAGUGACGACUGUUUGUGAGAAAAGAGUUUGUGAAGUUGAUGGUCGAUCAGUUGCUGUUGUUGAUACUCCAGGUCUGUUUGAGACAAAAACACAAAAAGAACAAGUGUUGAAUGAAAUCAUGAAAUGUGUUUUACUGUCAUCACCUGGACCUCACGCCUUCAUCAUUGUGUUAAGUGUGGGUAGAUUCACUCAAGAGGAGUCAGACACUAUAGAUCUGAUGAAGAAGAUCUUUGGUCCUAAAGCUGCACAGUUCAGCAUCGUUCUGUUCACAAGAGGAGAUGAUCUUGAGGAUUUAUCCAUAGAGGAUUAUGUGAAGAGCAGUACAUGUGAGGAACUGAAUAAACUGAUCAGAGACUGUGGAAACAGAUAUCUGGCCUUUAAUAACAGAGACAAACAAGACAGAACUCAAGUGACUAAACUGAUAAAGAUGAUAGAAGAGAUGAAAACAACAAAUCACGGCAGAUAUUUCACUAACAGCAUGUUUGAAGAAGCAGAGAUGAGCAUUAAAAAGAAAAAGGAGGAAAUACUGAAAGAGAAAGAGAGAGAAAUUCAAGCUGAAAAAGAGGAAAUAAAAGUCAAACAUGAGAUUGAAAUAGAAAACAUGAUGAAGAGAUUGGAGGAAGAGAAAAGAAAAGCAGAUGAGGAAAGAAUGAAAAUUGAAAAUAAAUUUAAGGAGCAGGAAGAAACUCUGAGAAAAGAAUUUGAGGAGAAAGAGAAAACAGAACGACAGAAACGAGAUGAAGAGAAACAGAAACGAUUAGAAGAGGAAAAACAACAAAGAGCAGAAUAUGAUCAGAAGAUAGAAAAGAUGAAGAGAGAGAUUGAACAACAGAGAUCACAGUAUGAAAAGAGAGAGAAAGAGAGAGAAGAAGAGUAUAGAAAGAGAGAAGAGAAAUACAGACAAGAUCAAGAGAAGAUGAAAGCUAAAGAAGAUCUCAUCAUACAGUUACAGAAGAAACAAGAGGAGGAGAUUAAAAAGAGAGAUUUAGAUGAACAGAAGAGAAGUGAACAAGAAGAGAGAGAAAGAAAAGAAUGGGUGAGAAAAAUAAGAGAAGCUGAAAAUGACAGAAAAGAGACUCGAGAAGAAAUUAAACGACAACAAAGAGAAUGGGAGGAGGACAAGAAACGACAGAUGAGAGAGAGAGAGGAAGAUGAGAGAAAGAGAAGAGAGAGACAUGAAGAAGAACUGAGAGAAAAACAAGAAGAACUGGAGAAAACCAGAAAGAAAUUUGAAAAAGAGAGAGAUGAAGAAAGACGACAGAGAGAAGAGGAGAGACAGAAACAGAGAGAAGAGAGAGAAGAGAAAGAGAGAGAAUAUGAAGAGAAGAAAAAUGAAAUGAUGAAACAUUAUGAGAAACUGGAUCGAGAGAGAAAAGAGGAGUGGGAAAGAAAAAGACGAGAGGAUGAUGAGAGAAGAGAAGAAGAGAGAAAGAGAUGGGAGAAAAAAAAUGAGGAUAUAAAAAGAGAAAAAGAAGAAGAGAUGAGAAGAAUAGAAAGAGAAAGAAAAGAAAGAGAACGGGAAGAGCGAGAAGAAAUGAAGCAGGAACAUGAACAGAGAAUAAAAGAGAUGAAGAAGAAACAUGAAGAUGAAGCCAGAAAACAAGCAGAAGAAUUGAAUGAAUUCAGAGAGAAGAAUGAGAAACAUGUUAAAGAACUUAUACAAAAACUGGAGGAAGAACAGAAACAACGUGAAUUACUGGAGAAACGUUAUCAGCAAAACUGUUAAAAAAAAGAAGAACCAAAUAAAUGGUGUGUCAU